AAAUGACACACGCGCACUUUGAACGUACCUACCCGCGCGACAAUUAUCGUCCGCGAAGUGAUCGUCGUCGACGAUUAUGUUUGGAAAGUGAAACGGAUCGUUCGCGGGACCGCGGUUUGUUCGCAAAGUGAAGUAUCGUCGACAGUUUCUGCCGCCAAAGUGAUAGAGACUACGACGAAACGCUUCGAAGACGCUCAUCGGUAAUAUCGUAUUCAUACUUCGAUGCGAACCCGGCCACCGAGAAUCUGUUCGAUUGCAACACACUUUACGUAGCUGCGAAAUAAGAGACGGUGGUCGAGGAGGUGGAACGCCGUUACGCGAGCGCAGCGAUUGCAAAGGAAGGACGAUCGAUCGAGCGAUCAAGGCUCAACCGAAACCAAGAAUGUCGAGAUCGCUGAAUUUGGCCGACGACCAGCGGUUCGCGUUGAUGAAAUUUAGGCGGUCAGUUCAAAACAUUUUGCAACCGCAUCACGACGAUUACUUUCUACUACGUUGGCUCAGAGCUAGAAAAUGGGAUCCAGCCGCCGCGGAGAAGAUGCUACGGGACUCUAUGGAGUGGCGGAAACAAUGGGAAGUUGACAAAUUACAUGAUUGGGAACCGCCUCAAAUUCUGAAAGAUUCUUUGCCUCACGGACGUUGUGGUUUCGACAAGGAUGGAGCCCCGGUGAUCGUCGUGUACUUCGAAGCGUUGGAUAUGUACGGUAUUUUGCACGUCGUAUCGCGAAGGGAUGUAAUAAGAAUCACUAUAAAAUCUUUGGAAGAGUAUCUGAAAGUGUGCAGAGAACAGAUGGAGAAACAUGGUCCAGCCGCCGGUGAACUGACCGUGAUCUUUGACAUGCAAGGAUUUAAUUUGAGACAGUAUCUAUGGAGACCAGCCGGAGAAGUUGUCAUCACCUUGAUACAAAUGUACGAAGCCAAUUAUCCCGAGAUUCUAAAGACGUGUUACAUUAUCAAUGCGCCCAAAGUAUUCGCGUUCGCGUUUUCGGUAACAAAAAAAUUUAUGAACGAGUACACGUUGUCUAAGAUUCAAAUAUACAAGGCUGAUCCGCCAAAGUGGCAGUCAGCGAUAUUUUCGAACAUUGAAAGAGAUCAGGUGCCAGCCUUCUUUGGAGGCACCCUUACAGAUCCGGAUGGUAACCCAAAACUGGGAACGAAGAUUUGUCUGGGUGGUAAGAUCCCGAAAGAGUUGUAUAUAAAUAACGUGGAAAAGGACAGACAACAGAGCGACUUUACAACAGUGACAAUUCGAAAGGGUGGGAAACUGGUGCUCGAUAUGCCAGCAUUAGAGACGGGAUCCUUACUGAGUUGGGAAUUCCGAACCGAAGAUCAUGAUAUUAAAUUUGGUAUCUUGAAACAAGACACCAACGGAACAAAGAAGGAAAUUAUACCUGUACGACGAGUAGCUGCUCAUCAGUUGGACGAAAUUGGAAUUUUAACUUGCGAAGUACCUUCCACGUAUUCGGUCGUUUUCGAUAACAGUUACAGUCUUCUGAGAAACAAGAAAAUUCAUUAUUCGGUGCGAGUUUUGCCACCGGCGGAACCGCAAGAAAUCACCACUACUCCAUAACAAACGCAUUAAAGCGGGAAAAGAAUGAUUCCUUUCAACGAGUACAUUCCAAAGUGCAUUAUUAACGCAUCGAGAGAACAAUAGUUCUUUAUUAUUGUUAUCGUUUCUUUUUUUCUGCAUUUUAUCCAAGCUACCAAAAAUCAUUCUACGAAAGUAUAUUUUUUAUUCCAGA